AUGCCUAACAAUUUGUGUUUAAGAACGGCGAGAGCUUAUGUUAGGACUAGCAGAAAGCAAUCAAUAUUACUCGCUCGCACAUUUGCAUCGACCACCCGCCGCAAUGAAAUAAACAAAGUAUUUCCUUCAGCCUCCGAGGCUCUCAAAGAUAUGAAGCCGGACAGUACAGUUUUAUGCGGAGGCUUCGGCCUCUGUGGUGUUCCAGAUACCCUCAUUGACGAAGUCGUUAACAGACCAGAUCUCAAAGGCCUCACUGCAGUUUCAAAUAAUGCCGGUACAGAUGAAUCAGGUCUGGGGAAAUUGUUGAAGACGAAGCAGAUCAAAAAAAUGGUUGCAAGUUAUAUCGGAGAGAACAAAACUUUUGAGAAGAUGUACCUGACUGGUGAAGUCGAGUUGGAAUUGACACCACAAGGAACGUUGGCCGAAAGAUGUGCUUCGGGUGGUAAAGGUAUACCUGCUUUCUACACCCCUGCUGCAUUCGGAACGGUUGUACAAACCGGCGAGCUUCCACUUCGUAAUAAUCCCGAUGGUACACCAAAGGAGCUUUCUUAUCCAAAAGAUGUAAAAAUCUUUCACGGCAAACCUUAUCUUCUGGAAGAGAGUAUUCGAGGUGACUACGCUUUCGUGAAAGCCUGGAAAGCGGAUAAACUUGGAAAUUGUCAGUUCCGGUUAGCAGCCAACAAUUUCAAUGGUGCAAUGGGAAGAAACGCGAAGAUGACAAUCGUGGAGGCAGAGAGUAUUGUAGAGCCAGGAGACAUCCCACCGGAAGCUGUGCAUCUCCCGGGAAUUUACGUCAAGAGAGUUAUUCAAUCUACAACGUCCAAGAAUAUCGAAAAAUUCACCUUUGCAAAAGAUCCAAAUGAUCCAGCGACAAAGAGUGCGCUAGGUAGUGGUGAUACCGCUGCCAAGCGAGAGAGAAUCGUUAGGCGCGCCGCCAAAGAAUUCAAAAAUGGUAUGUAUGCCAAUCUCGGCAUAGGAAUGCCUAUGCUUGCGCCAUCGUUUGUUGGUCCAGAAGUCGAAGUACAACUACAAUCGGAGAAUGGUAUCUUAGGGUUGGGUCCCUAUCCUCAAAAGGGGUUUGAGGAUGCGGAUCUCAUCAAUGCUGGCAAAGAGACAGUGACACUAAACCCCGGUGCUGCAGUUUUUGGUAGCGAGGAGAGCUUUGGUAUGAUUCGAUCUGGAAGAGUAAAUUUGACCAUAUUGGGAGCUAUGCAAGUAAGCGGGAACGGUGAUCUUGCGAAUUGGAUGUUACCCGGGAAGAUUAAGGGCUUUGGAGGGGCCAUGGAUUUAGUUAGCAACCCUUCAAUGACGAAGGUUGUUGUAACAAUGGAGCACUGUGAUAAGAAAGGAAAUGCAAAGAUUGUUAAACAGUGCGAGUUUCCUCUCACGGGAAAAGCUUGCGUCUCGAGGAUUAUUACUGAACUGGGGGUAUUUGAUGUCGACUUUACAAAAGGACUUACCUUGAUUGAGAUUGCAGAUGGGGUGACAGUGGAAGAGGUCAAGAGCAAGACAGAUGCACCUUUUACAGUUGCAGAAGAUCUUAAGCCAAUGCUAUAA